CUAUUACAAUCAAUCAUCAUCGUCACCAUCAUCGUUCGCGAAGGGAUGGACAAAGGGUGUCAAGUAUAAGACUUUGCACCCAGGUCAACCUUCAAGCCGUCUUUUCACACAAUGGCUCCCAUUAGGAAUGCAGGUCAAUCCAAGGCUAGGACGUCUACUCUUUCGCAAAAAUUGCCCGAAUUACAACCCAAUUCAACAUUAGCAUGUCAAGUACAAGCAACAAAUGCUUGGCGUCGUGAUCUCCGUUCUUUAUUGAAUCAUGCUAGCGAUCGAUUUGCUGAUGUUUGUUGGACAUUCAAGCCGGAAGAUGUGGAGGAGAACGAUGAUAUGGCAGAAAGUUCGAGUGGACAUAUCAAUUUUGCCGCCUUGCAUCGAUCACAAACUCCUCCUUCGAGUGUUUCGCAUGGAAGUAUAUUUGAGGAAACAACCACAAUCUGGGCUCAUAAAGCUUUACUCUAUGCAAGGGCAUCAAAUUCAUUCCAAGCUAGAUACCUACAACUUCGCACGCCGGCCGAUAAUCUAGGUGCAAUUGCAAGCAGUAGUACCAUCUCGCUUCCUGUUGUUCGAGCUCCGUCACCUACCCGUAGCACUGUAUCGAGAAGAUCUUCAAGAAGUGUUGCAUCUAAACGGAAGACGGUAAGAGGUCCAGCACCACCGAGUAGCUUCCGUGCAAGUGCGAAUCCAAGCGUGGUUGCCGAAAGCGACACGGAAGACGAAGGUGAUCGAUCGAUUCAUAGAAGACGGAGCAAUUCAUCUGUGGACUCUUUUCAUAUCGGCAGACCGCUCUCGCGAAGGAAUCUACAGCCAAAUUCGUCCUCCUCCAGUGCAUACGGAUCCAGCACAACGGAGGAUGAUGCGCUUUCGGUCAUCAGUGGAACGAGCACAGUACGAGCUCCAAUGAAUCUUUCCGAUAUUAGUCCCGCAUUCUUUGAAGCCACCUUGGAAUAUCUUUAUACGGCAGAAGAGAGUGUUGUGGAAGUGUUUGAAUUCUUAUUUGAAGAUCGUGUUGGCCCUCAAGAUGGCGUGGAGAAACGGUUGGAUAAACUUCGACAAGAUUUGGUGUUCAUGUGGAGAAGCAGGCUGUAUUCCGACAUUGAGAUCGUUCUCGGACAAGAUCAUGUCAAGAAUAUACCUGAUGCUCAAGCUUCAGUCCUUUCACUCAAUAUUGACGAUGCAACAGAUGAAGAAGAGAUUGCCUCUUUCUCAGCCCAUCGAAUGAUCCUUGCUUCUCGUUCGCCUUAUUUUGCCUCUUUGCUCUUGUCGCCCUAUGCGGAUACCAACAAUCGAGUCGUCAGCCUUCCAUCGCCACCCUUUACGCCUGCUGCAAUGCACUUCACCCUUGGCUUCAUCUAUACCGGAACCUUAUUCUUUUCCAAUCGUACCUUUGAUCUUUCUACAGCUUUCCAACUAUGGCUAGCAGGAUCCUAUCUGCAAAUAGAGACAUUGCAAAGCUUGAUAAGUAGUCUUAUCGCCCAAGAUUUCUGUCACGGGUUCUCUUGCUCCCCACCUUGCAAAACAUGCACCAAACGUGUACCCCGGACGUUAUCUUUUGUCUCACGACCGGACGUCAAUGAUCUUCAUCUGCAUUCACUCGCUCAAAGCGCCAUAACAGGAGAACACUUUGGUACUUACUGGUCAAAAGAGGUUGGAAAUCUGGAUUAUGCAGUACGGGGAUCGCUCGUUUCUGAGCUAUGUGCAAAGAUUGAUCGUCAACCUGGAUUUAUUGUAACCACUUUACGCCAACUUGCAAUCGUGGGAGCGCGGAUAGAUGUGGAAAGAAGCACAAGUUGGGUGGAGUCUUUACGCUGGAUGUGUGAAGCAGUGCAAGGUCAUAUCAGCACGGUCAUGAGUGAAUCGUUUCAAGAUGUGGUAUGCUCGAAAGAGUGGCGUGAUCUUGUGGACGGAGUGGGUUUCAUGAAUGAUGUCUUGGAAACUGCCUUGACGGUCUUUCUCGAUAAUAUCGAAGAAAGAACAGCUGCAAGAAAUUAUGAAGUCUUGGUCGGACAGGUUUUACUCAGUGAGGAAAGGGUGCCAUCAAGCGAUGUGGUUAUGCUAGCAGAAGAAGCUCGCAAUAGUUUGAUCCAAUACAUUCGGAAAAGGUGGGUAAAUAUCAGAUCUGUCGGUGGCUUCAACGAUCUCAAGAGGUGGUCUCUAAAAGAGAUAUCUGAUGAAAUCGAUGUAAGCGCUGAAGAUCUUUUGUUGCCUGAAGAGGAUGCAGGAAAAGCUGCUAGAAAGACAGUGAGGGCUGUCCCUGGUCGUGCAAACAUGCAAGCAAAUGACGGCUUGGAGAAAAUUGGCAGAAUGCCUGCUCCUGGAUCGAUCGUUGAUGGAGAGCGGGAAGCUGGGCCCAUUCACCUGCGCGCUGCUGUACUUAAUCGCAAUGCUGCUAGGGUAUCGGCAUCACAGGGCUUACGAGCAAGUCCUGCUCAGUCUCCGUCUUCGCCAUCGAGCCGCACAAGCAGUAUCACGGCAGCUUCUUCUCCGCGAUCGAUUGUCAGCAGUGACGAGCGAGCUUCGAGCCAGAUUCCGCCGAACAGACAACCACCACCUGCUAAUACGGCCUCGCCUUCCCUUCCUGCAUCAAGGUUGGCGAAUCGUGUUACAGAAAGACCGCAGCAUCACAGCUCACCAGUAGCUACAAGCAGAACGAGUACCACGCAAGCCAGAGCGACAACGACAACAAAAGUAUCGUCACCUUCUACCUCGAGGCUCACAAGCAACAAUACUGUGCGGUCCUCAAUCGCAUCGCCAUCUGAUCGAGCUAGAAAGGUGUCUGCUCAAAGUGCUAAAAGUAUCUCGUCUGUAGCCACGACAAGCGGACUGAACCGAGAGAAAAAUGCGACACCAGUACGAUCCAGAGUGCCGAGCACUGCGAGCGCAAUUUCAACAAUCACGUUGGAGGGCCAAGCUUCCACACCUACAAAGAGGACAGCAAAGACUACUGGCAGCUUGGUAGCAUCGCGUAUUGCUGCAAUGAAUAGCAAAGGUGUUGUUGGUGAUCAGACUCCCGCUGUCAAGAAGAAGAAUGAGCCGAUUGGCCGAACGGUAUUAAAAGAACGCAAUUUACCCGCAAAAGAAGAUCCAGAUGAUACCAUCAUGCUGGAUAGUGCGCCAGUAGCACAAAUACAAAAGAACGCAGACAAACAACAAUCAUCACAAUUUGAUGGUAUCGGUACAAAAUUGUCUUUUGGUAUUCCUUGUGUGAUUGCGCCGACAACACGCAAUGGAAAAGUGACAAGAAUUCGGGCAACUGUAAAAUACAUUGGGCCGGUCAUGGAUGCUCACCACUCAGGGCAGCCAAUGAUUGGCGUCGAGGUUGCAUUGCCGCUACCGGCUGGCGUGGAUGAGAAUUCAUUUGACUUUCACGAUGGUACUUAUCAAGGUCAUGAAUAUUAUAGCAUUGGCCUUUCAAGUUCUUCAUCAAGCCAAGACGAUUUGCGUCAUAAGCCAGAAAGAGAAGCCCGAAUGCGAAGGCUAGAAGCGAUACUUGCCAGGCCGAACGAGGAUAUCUCUAUGAAUGUUGCUGAAGAUGGCGAUAUGACAGUUGGCGGCGAUAAAACUGUUUCUGUAUCGGGUACAUAUAGUCCACUUGCGCCGAGCGCAAAAAGACGAAAAGAUAUAUCCGGAAUUGGCAAAAGCAUUGAUGAGGAAUCAAGCUCGACCAAAGUUCGUGGAUUGUUUAUUCGACCGAAAGAUGUGCUUUGGGUGGUCGUUUAAACACGUAAUCGUGUGUUGUAAUAUAGAUGAUGAUCUAACGAAUAUGAUGACAUUGAUUCAACUUUUUUUGCUCCCUUUUCAUCUCUUUAUACACCUCCAAAUGCCGUACCAAUUACCCUUCUCCCAACCGCCAAGCUCAUGCUCUAUGAUCAAAUCCGGAUAGAGUUUUGCGGCCUCAUCUACGGUUUUCUCUAAUUCACCUUGUUCGAAGACGUGAUAGAACCUUUGGAAGAUUUCAGGUGAAGAUGGGUCGUCGGUAGCUUCUUUUUCCGGGAUUGCUUGCUUUCCAUUCUGUUUACUGGCAUUUUUCAAAAUCCAAGGUACCAUUAAAUCUUGACCUUGAU